AUGGAGAGUUCGUUUUUCGAAUAUCGUGACGCAACAGCAGUAGAAGAUGAGUCUGACACAGAAAUAAUUGAUAACAGUUUGAUUGACGAUCAAUCUUUUUCGACUACAAAGAAACCUGGAAUUAAAAAUCAUACUCUAUAUAUUGCUGAAUCUGAAGACGAUACCGAUGAAGAUGCUAAGGAUCGAAGAUUUUUGUCAGUGUCCGUCACUAGAAGUAGUGUGGAGGCAACGACCCUUAUAUCAAGUAGUGAUGAUGAUAAAAGAGGCUGUAUUCGAAGUCAGUCAGCAACUUCAAACAAAGAACUUGCUUGUUCAUCUGAUGAAGAAUUGUCACCGGAAAUCGUACCACGCCGGCGGCCAAACAAUGCGCAAAGAAGAUCGUCGCUACUUUUUAUUGGUCGGAAAAACAGGAAACGCAUGAUUUUAACAGACUCUGAUACAGAGAAUUCAAUAAUCAUCGAACAUGACAAGAAUAGGAAACACGCAUGUUUAAAAGAUACACCUGCUAAGAUAAAUAGUAGAAUAUUAGCUAAGGCUAUAGCUGACGGAACAAAAAAGGCUGAUGAUAGUUGUCACAAUAGUUGCGAUACUGGUGAUGAUCAAGUUGAAAGUGGUAAUGUUAGUAAAAAUUCCUCUGACGAUGAAGAAGAAAAUAUUCCCCAAAAGGCUGAUAUGAGUCAUUGUAGUAAAGAAUUUAGUGAAAAUUCCAGUGAUGAACAUGUUGAUUGUGACAAAGAAAGCCAUAACGUAAGUAGUAGCGAUCGAAAACAAUCCGACAUACGAGAAAGCUCUGGCGAAGUAUGCAACAAUGAAAAGCCUAAAUCCGAUGCAUCAGAAUACAGUGAAGCUGAUGAAAGCGACGAACUAGAUGAGGAUCAGAUGGUGAUGUCUCGAGCUACGCGGAUGAGUAUAAUGGGUUUUGUACCUAAAGAGAGUCCCAGUGACGAAUCGGACUUCAUUCAGUCUGAUGAUAAUUCUAAUUCACGGCCAAACUCCGCAAACAGCUUGACAGAUUUACCAGACGUAAGUGUCUCCUUGCACAAGACACCAGAAAAACUGAAUAAUGAAGAUGACGAUAUCAACGAAUCUAGAAUUAGUUGUUCACCAUUCAGCAGCCCACUAAAGGAUAUAACUAACAACUUUAACGAGUCGUUCAAAAUUGACGAUAAAAACAAAAGUAAUAGAGUUCAAAAUAACAACGAUAUAAUAUGUGACUUGACGCAGAACGAUUCCUUCGAAACCUACGAUUUAACACGAAGUGAAAGCAAUUAUUUAAGCAAUAAAGUGUUCAAUAGAAUGACAGGGAGUGGUAGCAGUUAUAAUGAAAAAGUUAUUGAUGAAGAUUUGACCAUUAUUGACGCAAAGCCGGAAAUUAUUGCGCUUAGCAGCGACGACGAAGAUGAGGUGAAAGAAGAAAAAAAAUCACUAAAGGUGGAAAAAUCGUCGACCAAAAAAGAAGAUACGUCCGCUUCAAAAACGCAGAGAGUGGGCAGUGACAUGAAGCAGUUCCUGCUGCCCCCCAGCUACCCUAACCAGGUGGUGUACGUACAGAAACACGUGCGGGAGAACGAACUUGCCAAACUUAAUGGUCUCCAGGAGGACUUGCAUAAUAUUCGGCAUCUCCUGGAGACCAUGGAUGUAGAUACCUUGCCGGACAGAGGCGUGAAACUGAUAGAAAGGCUGACAGCCCUCGAGCUGGAGGUGAAACGUCAGGGGGACAAGGUCGCUAACAUGGUGGUUGAACCAGAUAAUCCAACGCUCAAAGACGUUGCUCAAGAUGGAUUUAAUGGAGGUGAAAAUAAAGGGCUUUCCUGGGAUGACAUACAAAAGGCCAGUAACGCGGUACAGCCUAGAAUGUUUGGCAAACAAGCGAUGGCAACUCACAUGGCGGAACGGAAUCUGAUACUGGAGCGUCUCCGUGACCUGCACGAGUCCCUGGCGUCCCGGCCCCCAGAGAACGAAUUCGCAGAGAAUCCAGCAGCACUAAAGACGCAGUUGAUGCCCCACCAGCUGCAUGCACUGGCCUGGCUACGUUGGAGGGAGACGCAGCGACCGGCUGGUGGCAUACUAGCGGACGACAUGGGUCUAGGUAAAACUAUCACGAUGAUAGCACUGAUAGCAAUCGAAAAGGAAAGUGACAUGGAUGAUGACGACGACGAGUACGACGAUCAUACUGGAAAGAACAGUUCCAAAUUGAUCCGCGGCGGCACGCUGGUGGUGUGCCCCGCGUCGCUGAUGCAGCAGUGGGCGGGCGAGGUGGCGCAGCACUGCCGGCCGCACGCCGUGUCCGUGUGCCAGCACCACGGCGCCGCCAGGGCGCAGCAGCCGCACCGCCUCGCCACCUACGACCUCGUGCUCACCACCUACAACAUCCUGCUGCGCGAGACUGAGAAGGGCGGCGCUCUGUGCCGCGUGCGCUGGCGGCGCGUGGUGCUGGACGAGGCGCACGCGGUGCGCAACCACAAGAGCCUGACGGCGGCCGCCGUGCUGCCGCGCUCGCUACGCGCUUUCCGCCGCUGGGCGCUCACUGGCACGCCGAUGCACAACCGCGACCUCGACCUCUUCGCGCUGCUGCGCUUCCUCGGCUGCUCGCCCUUCGAUGACCUGCAGAUGUGGAAGAAGUGGAUCGACAACAAGAGCCUGGGCGGACAGGAGCGGCUGAGCACGAUCAUGCGGUGCGUGAUGCUGCGCAGGACCAAGCAGCAGCUGCAGGAGCGUGGCCAGCUGGCCUGCCUGCCGCCUCGAGAUGUACACGAGCGCACCGUUACCCUGGCGCGUGACGAGCUCAACGUCUACCAGAAGUUGUUAGUAUUUUCGAAGACCCUGUUCGCUCAGUUUCUUCACCAGCGCGCGGAGAAGCGAGCCGACGCUGAAGGAUUCCUCCCCUCAGGGAAGGACAGCGCUUACGCUGAAAUGCACAAGAAGAUGAUCAAACUGCAAGGUGCAAAACCAGUAAAAUCUCACGAGAUCUUAGUACUUCUGCUACGGUUGAGGCAAGUUUGCUGCCAUUGCAGUCUCAUAGCGGCCAUACUGAACGAUGAUGAUACAACCGGUGAACAGCUGGAGACGGAUAACGCGGAGAACGAUCUGCUGGAUGAGCUCAACAAACUCGUUCUGGAAGACAAGAAAAAUACCAAGAGAAAGAGCGGUGAAGGCGAGAAGGAGAAGAAGAAAGAGAAGGAGGAGGAAGACGAGGAGGGGACGACGGCCGCAGAGGCCGUGCGCUCGGUGCUGUCGCGCACCAACCCGGUGUUCGACCUGGAGCGGCGCUCCUCCAAGAUCAGCGCCGUCAUGGACUGUCUCAACGAGAACGUCUUCCCUAAUGAAGGCGAGAAAGCGGUGGUGGUGUCUCAGUGGACGGGCGUGCUGCGGCUGGUGGAGCGCGAGUUGAAGCGCGCGGGCGUGCAGUGCGUGACGCUGAGCGGCGACGUGCCCGUAAACGCGCGCGCGCCGCUCGUGCGCGCGCUCAACGACCCCGCCUCGCCCGUGCGGACCAAGCGUUUUGAGUAUGAAGUGGUGUUUGCAGGUUAUGUUACUGUCGCUGUCGGCUGGCGGCGUGGGACUGAACCUGUGCGGCGCCAGCCACCUGCUGCUGCUGGACCCGCACUGGAACCCACAGCUGGAGCAGCAGGCGCAGGACCGCGUGUACCGCGUCGGCCAGGCGCGCCACGUGCAUAUCUACAGGUUGGUACCCGCACUGCUGCUGCUGCUGCUGGACCCGCACUGGAACCCACAGCUGGAGCAGCAGGCGCAGGACCGCGUGUACCGCGUCGGCCAGGCGCGCCACGUGCAUACUACAGGUUGGUACCCGCACUGCUGCUGCUGAGAUCCGCACUGGAACCCACGCUGCAGCAGCAGGCGCAGGGUCGCGUGUACGGCGUCUGCCAGGCGCGCCACGCGCAUAUCUACAGGUUGUUACCCGCACUGCUGCUGCUGCCGCUGCUGGACCCGCACUGUAACCCGCAGCUGGAGCAACGGGCACAGUAUUUGCAUAGCCAUACACGCGAUGUUGUGCCCUUUGUUCUAGCUGCGACUACGAAGAUGCCUGCGCUGGAAGCUACACCUUGA